AUACUGAUCUUUUACGUAAGAGGUUUUGUAUCAAACAGGCGACUAGGCCAAAUAAUGUCGAUCAUACUUGCCUGAUUCCGCCUUUAUUCCCUUGUUUAUACCCCGUAGAGAUUAACUUGGAAAAGAAGUAUAAAAAUGGAAGACCCUGAUGAUAUGGCUUUGGCUGUCGCUAAUGUCAAUACUGUAGACACAUCUGGAUCAGAGGCAACUAAACAACUUGUAAAUCCAGAAAGGGUUCACCGCCAUAGUGACCCAUAUGACCUUGUUUGCUUGGCACAAGAAGUCCAGAAAGCUGACCAGUUUAUGCGUUGUUCUGCAAGUAACAAAUUGAUUCUGAUUGCUGAACAAAUUAGACAUCUGCAAGAACAGGCAAGGAAAGUCCUAGAGGAGACAAAAAGAGAUGCAGAGCUACAUCAUGCUCAGUGUAACUUCAAAAAGAGAGUUGGUCAGAUCUAUUCUUUGUACAAACGGAACAAUGGGACCACAUACUUUUCAAUGCUUGGACCUCAGGAAUGGGGACCUUCCUGUCCACACGAGUUCCUGGGUCAGUAUCGACUAGAAGCCGACAUGUCGUGGACCAAGGCGGAGGACAUAGAGAGGAGGAGUAAGGACAUAAGAAUGGUAGACAAUAUUCUGGCAUCUAAUGUGCCAGCAAUACAAUACCUCACUGGUCCAGCCGGCAAUGGAAUGCAUAAAAUCAAAGAAACAGAGGAACCAAAGAUUGUUGAUGUUAGUGAUCAACCAUUCGUCGAAGAACCACUUUAUAAGUAAAAUAUUUGAUGGAUUAAGAUGAAUAUGUGGAUAUUUGACUUGAAGUAAAGCCCACCAUGGAGAGACGUGGUCCUCCACAUAAACUAAAUUUAAGUCUUGUUAAACAGUGGAGCUUGACCUGUUGCGGAUUUUGAAAAAUAGGGCUAGAAAAAAAAAGAUUAUGGAGUUUGACGAUAUAAAGAACGCUCUGGAAUGGCAAGGAUUUUCUCAAGAUGGGUCCUUCCUUCUAAAAUUUUGGCUACAACAUCAAGUAGUCCUAACAUCGCAGACGAUAUGGGCAUUUUUUCCUGAUAUUUGUUUUAAAUUUCUAUUCCCCAAAGCUGUUGUUUUAAAGUUUUUUUUGUUUUAUUUUUGUUUCAAAUGCCUGGGCUAGUAUUCAGCGGUUGCCAAAUCAGAUAAUAUUAUUUUAGUGAUUAUUUCUAUUACGGUACGAUAUACUACGUAAAUGCUAUUCUAUGUACAUACUGGAUAACCCUGGUUACCAGCGUCUCCGAGCUUCACUACCAAAGUGCCAGCUUGAAAUCUCUGGUUCCCAGAGUAAUACUGAAUCUGAAUUCAAUAAAAUAUGUAUGGAAAAA